AUGGAUUCAGUUGUUCUCGAAACCAGUCUCGGAGAUAUUCAGCUUGAAUUAUACUGGAAUCAUGCCCCUCGGACGUGUCAGAACUUUGCUGAGCUUGCAAAACGCGGUUACUACAACGGUAUCGUGUUUCAUCGAAUUAUCGCCGAUUUCAUGAUUCAAGGUGGUGAUCCAACUGGAACUGGUCGAGGCGGAACGAGCAUUUACGGUCAGAAAUUCGAGGAUGAAAUACAUCCAGAACUACGCUUUACGGGUGCAGGAAUCCUUGCAAUGGCGAACUCGGGACCCAAUACAAACGGAUCUCAAUUCUUCAUCUCGUUGGCGCCCACGCCCUACCUGGACGGUAAACACACCAUUUUCGGUCGGGUGAGCUCAGGCAUGCGUGUCGUGCAGAGACUAGGUGCCGUUGCAGUUGAUGCUCAGGAUCGACCAAGAGAAGAUGUGAAGAUACAUAAAGCUCGGACGAUGUGA